GUAGUUGUUGUUUGUGAAGAAAAGAAAAGGUAGCUACUCCACGCGAAGAAGAGAAGCAAAGCAAAGCAAAUGAGAAUAAUAAGGUGUCUCUCUCUUGGACUCAUUCCUUUGUUUCCAACAACACAAAGUAGGUGAAAACAAUGAACUACUAUAAGAGAGAGACUAGUGGUGCUGCCGUUGGUGUUCCAUUCUUUUUUUUUUCUUUUUUCUUUUUUUGCUAAUUUGGUCCUCUCUGAUAUUGAAGAGUCCGUCUUCUCUUGUGGCACAUAAAAGAAAGCUUUUUAAUUUAUAUUUUUCUCUCUCUUAUUCAUUCAUUCAUUGUUAUUAUUAUGCGUUUGUGAUUGUUGAUUGAUUGCUAAAUACAAAUACUCCUCCUUUAAUUCCUUCAUCUAUUCCCCACCUUCUUUGCUUCCACUACAAUUUCCCAUACCAUCUCUCUCUCUCUCUCUCUCAUCCCUUCAUAUUCAACAACACCAACACUCCGUCUCUUAAAAAUCCUAUGGCUGUUCAAGCUCAAUACCCCUCCAAUGUACUCCUUCUAAACAGCAAAAAUGGCCAAGAAGGUAAUGAAUAUUCAUUACAACAACAACAACAACAACAACCUGAUCAAUCCAAUAUGAUGUUAUUCAACACUUCAGGUACUACUAAUAAUUCUCGAAAAAGAGGAAGAGAAACAGGGGUUAUGAUCCAAACAUCUCAACAAAAUAUGAUGAGUCCAUUCACUUUUCAAUCUGAGUCUCCUCAUCUUAUAGACCUCACUCAACUCCAUAAUCAUCAACAACAAAACAUUGUCUCUACCGGUUUAGGGUUAUCCUUUGGUGAUCAACAACAACAACAACAUCAAAGGCUACAAUUUCAACAACAACAUAUGUCUCACUCCUCUCAUUUCUUAUCUCUAUUAUCUCAAACCUUAUCUUCCCAAAUCAAACAACAAAAAGACGAAAUUCACCAAUUCCUUCAAGCACAGGGAGAAGAGCUGCAACGGACAUUAGAGGAAAAGAGACAGAGAAACUGCCGAGCAAUUUUAAAAUCAGCAGAGGAAACGGUGGCGCGUCGUUUAAGAGAAAAGGAAAUAGAAAUCGAAAAAGCGACGCGCAGGAACGCGGAGUUAGAAGCACGCGCGGCGCAGCUUAAAGCAGAAGCGCAAAUUUGGAUGACAAAAGCUAAAUCACAAGAAGCCACAGCUAUUUCUCUUCAGACGCAACUGCAUCAGGCUAUGAUGAACGGAGGCGCAGAAAAGAGGGGCGAUGAUAAUUGUGGACUAUCGUGCGCCUUAGGUGUAGAAGGUCAAGCUGAAGAUGCGGAAUCGGGUUAUAUUGACCCGGAAAGAGNGGUUAUGUCGGGUCCAAAAUGUAGAGGGUGUGGAAAACGGGUUGCUUCGGUGGUUUUGUUACCGUGUAGACACUUAUGCGUUUGUAACGAAUGUGACACACAUUUCCGUGCCUGUCCCGUUUGUCUCACCGUUAAAAAUUCAACCGUUGAAAUUUAUUUAUCUUAGUUUUCAUUUCAUAUGCAUGUUCAUCGGAAUUGGCAGAGCCAAAAAAAAAAACAAUAAAAAAAUAGUUUUUUGUUUUUUUUUCCCUUUGUACAUGACCUAGGGGAUGUACAUGUACAUGUCAUGGCCACAUGGAUUGUGGCAUUUUAUUUUUUUUUGUUUCUUGGGUUCUUCUAUCUUUUUGAAAAAUUAUAUUCUAUUUUAUUGAA